AUGGCUGCCAUGGCAGUCACGCUCGCCGCGUUCGCGCGACCCCGCGCGGCGUCGCGCCCUCGCCCGUCGGAGGCGCGAUCCUCCGCGAGGUCUGCGGCUCGCCAGCCCAGAUCACCCGGCGCGCGCGAAAACUAUCGAGUCUCCCGCGAGAUCGUCCGGCCGCGCCUCGCCCGCGUCGUGCCCGUCGCGUCCGUCCCCGCGCGCGUCUCCGCGACGACCGCGGACGACUCCGCCGCCGUGACGACGACCCGCGAGCGCAAGCGCAUCUGCAUCUUCGUCGAGCCCUCCCCGUUCUCUCACGUCUCCGGCAUGAAGAACCGCUUCCUCCGCCUCAUCGAGAACCUCGUCGAGCUGGGCGACGACGUCGUCGUGGUCACCCCCGACAGGAACCCGCCGCAGACGUACGCGGGCGCGGAGGUCAUCGGCGUCCACGGCUUCAACCUCCCUUUCUACAUGAUGGACACCCUGCUCUUCUCCUACGCCAAAGAUCCGAGGGUGGAGAAGAUGUUCAAGGAGAACCCGCCGGACUUGAUCCACUGCUCGUCCCCGGGCGCGCUCAUAUGGACCGCCGUGGGGCUCAGCGACAAGUACAACGUCCCGCUCGUGCAGUCGUACCACACGCACAUACCCCACUACAUCCCGCGGUACACCUGGAGCGGCCUGGUGAAACCGAUGUGGGACUUCAUCCGCUUCUGGACCAACAAAUCGGACGUCACCAUGGUCACCUCGUCCAUCCUGCAGGACGAGCUGGACGACCAGGGAUGCCCGCGUUUGAUGGUGUGGCAGAAAGGCGUGGACACCGUGCAGUUCAACCCGCGGUUCAGGAGCGACGAGAUGCACGCGAGGCUGUGCGGGGGACGCGACGGCAAAGUCAUCGGCUGCGUCGGGCGGCUGGGCGCCGAGAAGAACCUCGCGGAUCUGAAAGACAUCCUCGCCGCGUGCCCGCCGGACACCAACCUCGCCCUCAUCGGCGACGGCCCGGAGCGGGCCAAGCUCGAGAAGCACUUCGAGGGGACGCGCACCACGUUCAUGGGGAUGAUGACGGGCGACGAUCUCGCCGCCGCGUACGCGAGCCUCGACGUGUUCGUGAUGCCUUCGGAGAGCGAGACGCUGGGGUUCGUGGUGAUGGAGGCGAUGGCGAGCGGGGUUCCUGUGGUGGCGGUCAGGGCGGGCGGGUUACAGGACAUCCUGACCGACCCGGCGGUGCGCGCGACGAACAGCGGCGAGCUCUACGAGUCGGGCGAUUUCGCAGCGGCGGGGGCGAUGACGACGAAGCUGCUGACGGACGAGAAGGAGCGGCAGAGGCAGGCGGCGGGUCUCAACGAGGCGGUGCAGACGUGGUCCUGGAUGGCGUCCAACAGGAAGCUUCGCGAUACCCAGUACGCGCGGGCGUUCAAGCGGCACGCGAGGAACCAGAACAUCAAGGUUCCCAUCGAGCUCGUCGACUCGAGGCGCGCGAGGGCCUGGAUCGCCACCGAGGUGAUGGGCUACCAGUGGUACCUUCAGGCGGCGGCUUUCCUCUUCGCGUUCGGCGCCUUCGCCGUCGCGAGGUCCGUCGUCGCAUCGUCCGGCGCCCUCGCCGUCGCCGGCGGCGGCCAGGGCUGGAGCGCCAUCGGCGCCGUCCAGUGGCUCGUGAACCUCUCCGGCCCGCUCGGUCCCGCGAUUAUGGCGUCGUGCGUCGCCGUCGCUUCCCUCGUGCCCUUCGUCCCCACGCAGCCGCUCUUCGCCCUCGCGGGCUUAAUGUUCGGCGCGUGGGAGGGCGCCGUGGUCUCCGUUGUCGGCGCCCUCGAAGCCGCCGCGGUGGCCUUCGCGGUGACGCGCAUCAGCGGGGUGCAAAAGACGGCGAGCGCGUUGGCCAACGGAGCGGGAUUCGGAGCCCCCGCUCGUCGCUGGGUUCGCGACCAGCUCAGGCGAAUCGACUCGCACAUCACCGACUCCACGACGCUCGGGCAGUUCGUCAAGCUCACGUUGUACCGGUUGGUGCCGCACGCGCCGUUCACGGUGGCGAAUUACCUCCUCGGUUUGACCAAGGUGCCCACUAAGGUGUUUCUCGCGAGCACCGUCAUCGGGACGAUUCCUUGGGCCGCGUUUUACGCGCUCGUCGGCGCCGCGGGUAACGUGUACCUCGCCGGCGGGACAGGCGGCGGGCUGCGCGACGCCGCGGGCGUCGUCGGCAGCGUCGCGGACGUUCCGCUCGUCCUCGCCGUCGCCGUCGUCACCGCGUGGCCGCUCAUCGAAAAGUACGCUUUGGGUCACGCGAAGAAAAACGUGAUUGACGUCGGUACAGCGUGAUUGACGUCGGCGAGACGGUGACGCGUGGAGGUGGAUUCGCGGAGGUGGAUUCGCGGAGGUGGAUUCGCGGGAUUUGAGGAGGGAGGUUCAACGCAGCGCGCCGCGCCGUGCGCGAGGGGGUUGUCGCCGUAGCUUCGAUCGCACCCUUGUUUCAAUUGAGACUUCUAAGAAAAGUUAACG